AUGGAGGAGGGAAACUGCAGCACUGUGUCAGAGUUCAUCCUCCUGGGAUUAUCAGACCUCCCUGAGCUGAGCGUCUUCCUCUCCCUGGUGUUCCUUCUCCUCUAUGGAGUCACAGUGAUGGGCAACCUGGGCAUGAUCACAGUGAUCCGGGUCAGCUCUCAGCUCCACACCCUCAUGUACUUUUCCCUUACCCACUUGUCCUUUGUGGAUUUCUGCUACUCCACCAUCAUUGUGCCUAAGAUGCUGACCAAUAACAUAAGCAAAGACAAAGCCAUUUCCUUCCUGGGUUGCAUGGUUCAGUUCUAUUUGUUUGGCAUGUGUGUGAUCACUGAGGUCAUCCUGCUGGCUGUGAUGGCCUAUGACCACUCUGUGGCCAUCUGCUGCCCUCUGCUCCACAUGGUUAUCAUGUCCCAGAAGCUCUGCUUGGGACUCGUUUCUGUCUGCUAUCUCUGUGCAACAGUGUGUUCUCUAAUUCACAUAUGUAUAGCUCUUGAGAUCUCAUCCUACAGAUCAAAUGUGGUUAACUACUCCUUCCAUGAUUUGCCCCCUUUGUUAUCUCUUGCCUGCUCUGAUGUGUCUAUGAAUGAACUGGUGGUGUACACUGUGACCAGUUUCAAUGAGAUCAUCACCAUCAUGAUCAUCCUCACCUCCUAUUUGUUUAUCCUCGUCACCAUCCUGAGGAUGUGCUAUGCAGAGAGAAGGCACAAAGCCUUUUCCACCUGUGCCUCCCACCCCACAGCCAUCAUUGUCUUCGAUGGAACAAUCCUUUUCCUUUAUUGCAGGCCCAUUUCUGACUACAGUCUGGAAAAUGAUAAAGUGGUCACAGUGUUCUAUUUUGUAGUGAUUCCCAUGCUGAACCCCCUGAUCUAUAGCCUCAGGAAUAAGGACAUGAAAGCAGCACUCAGGAAAAUUUGGGUUCCAAGAUAUCUUCUUAGAAAAUGUUUCUUUUAA